AAGCAGUCCAAUUAUGCAGUAAUUGCUAUUUGGUUUGAUAAUAAAUCACUUCUUAGUAAUACAUCACUUUUAGGCUUCGCAAAAAUUCUAUCAGGGUCGCGCCCCUCCUACACAGUUCGGCGCCAUUUUUCAUAGAACUUUCAGCAAUUAAUUAGCAGAAGGAAUUCUUUGCAGAUGGAGCUAAGGAUUUAUACAUACAAUUAGAUGUUUACCAAUAUUGGUUCAGCUCGGCUUGAAGACCACAAUAAAUCAUUUGUGCUGAGGAUGAGCGAAAACCUUCGUCCUGCAACAAAAGGCAGAAUGAAUCCCGGCUCGGAGCUGCUAUGCUGCAGCCGGUGCCUUCCCCCUUCCUCCCAGUAUUUAGGCUGAAACGGCUAGUUGGAGAGCUUCCGAUGGAUAGCUUCUUAUCUCUCUCUUCUAAGUCCGAAGAGAGGGUAAAUAAACUGCCAAACAGCUUGAUAGAUUGCUGUUUAGACAGAUUAACGACGCCAAGAUUCCAGAGCUGUUAAAAUAACAACCCUCUGUCAGGCUACGCCCACCGGAAGUUCUCAAAAUAGUAGUCUUAUUUCCCAUCAGGUGAUCUACACAGGAGAGAAGCUGUAUAAAUGCAUAGAGUGUGCAAAGACCUUUGCUCAUAGACAUAAUCCUAUUUCCCAUAUGCUGAUCCAGACAGGGGAGAAACCAUAUAAAUGCAUGGAGUGUGGAAAGACCUUUGCUAAUAGCUGUAACCUAAGAAUACACACAAGGAUCCACCCAGGGGAGAAGCCUUUUAAAUGCAUGUGAGUGUUGAAAAACCUACUCAAAUAAGUAGCCAUAUUUCCCAUCAGGUGAUCCACCCAGGGGAGAAACCAUAUAAAUUGUAUUGUAUUGUAUUAAAUGCAUGGAGUGUCAUAAAACCUUUACUGAAAAAAAAAGUCUUAUUUCCCAUCAGGUAAUCCACAUUGGAGAAACUAUAUAAAUGUAUGGUGUGUGGAAAGACCUUUGAUCAGACCAGUGGACUUACUAUACACAAAAGGAUCCACACAGGAGAAAAACCAUUUAAAUGCAUGGAGUGUGGAAAAACCUUUACUCAAAAAGGUAAUCUUAUUUCCCAUAAGAUGAUCCACACAGGGGAGAAGCCUUUUAAAUGCAUGGAGUGUGGAGAAACCUUUACUCAAAAAAGUAGUCUUGUUUCCCAUCAGGUGAUCCACACNNGGGAGAAGCCAUAUAAAUGCUUGGAGUGUGGAAAGACCUUUGCUCAAAAUUGUUAUCUUAUUUACCAUAAAAUGACCCACACAGGGGAGAAGCCAUAUAAAUGCUUGGAGUGUGGAAAGACCUUUGCUCAAAAUUGUUAUCUUAUUUACCAUAAAAUGACCCACACAGGGGAGAAGCCAUAUAAAUGCAUGGAGUGUGGAAAGACCUUUGCUCUGAGCAAUAGACUUACUAUACACAAAAAGAUUCACACAGGGAAAAAGCCAUUUAAAUGCAUAGAGUGUGGAAAGACCUUUUCUCAUAGAGGUCAUCUUAUUUCUCAUAAGAUGAUCCACACAGGGGAGAAACCAUAUAAAUGUAUGGAGUGUGGAAAAGCCUUUACUCAAAAAAGUAGCCUUAUUUUCCAUCAGGUAAUCCACACAGGGGAGAAACCAUAUAAAUGCAUGGAGUGUGGAAAGACCUUUGCUCUGAGCAAUAGACUUACUAUACACAAAAAGAUUCACACAGGGAAAAAGCCAUUUAAAUGCAUAGAGUGUGGAAAGACCUUUUCUCAUAGAGGUCAUCUUAUUUCUCAUAAGAUGAUCCACACAGGGGAGAAACCAUAUAAAUGUAUGGAGUGUGGAAAAGCCUUUACUCAAAAAAGUAGCCUUAUUUCCCAUCAGGUAAUCCACACACAGGAGAAACCAUAUAAAUGCAUGGUGUGUGAAAAGACCUUUGCUAAGAGCAAUAAUCUAAGACUACACACAAGGAUCCACACAGGGGAGAAGCCAUUUAAAUGCAUGGAGUGUGGAACAACCUUUACUCAAAAAAGUAGCCUUAUUUCCCAUCAGGUAAUCCACACACAGGAGAAACCAUAUAAAUGCAUGGUGUGUGAAAAGACCUUUGCUAAGAGCAAUAAUCUAAGACUACACACAAGGAUCCACACAGGGGAGAAGCCAUUUAAAUGCAUGGAGUGUGGAAAAACCUACACUCAAAAAAGUAGCCUUGUUACCCAUCAGGUAAUCCACACAGGGGAGAAACCAUAUAAAUGCAUGGAGUGUGGAAAGACCUUUGCUAAUAGCUAUAACCUAAAAAUACACACAAGGAUCCACAUAGGGGAGAAGCCCUUUAAAUGCAUGGAGUGUGGAAAAACCUUUACUCAAAAAAGUAGUCUUAUUUCCCAUCAAGUGAUCCACACAGGAGAGAAGCUGUAUAAAUGUAUAGAGUGUGGAAAGACUUUUGCUCAUAGACGCAAUCUUAUUUCCCAUAAGGUGAUCCACACAGGGGAGAAGUCCUUUAAGUGCAUGGAGUGUGGAAAAACCUUUACUCAAAAAAAGAAUCUUAUUUCCCAUCAGGUAAUACACACAGGGGAGAAACCAUAUAAAUGCAUGGAAUGUGGGAAGACCUUUGCUAAUAGCAAUAGCCUAAGAAUACACACAAGGAUCCACACAGGGGAGAAGCCCUUUAAAUGCAUGGAGUGUGGAAAAACCUUUACUCAAAAAAGGAGUCUUAUUUCCCAUCAGGUAAUCCACAUGGGAGAAACUAUAUAAAUGGAUUGUGGAAAAACCUCUACUCAAAUAAGUAGCCUUAUUUCCCAUCAGGUGAUCUACCCAGGGGAGAAACCAUAUAAAUUGUAUUGUAUUGUAUUGUAUUAAAUGCAUGGAGUGUGGAAAAACCUUUACUGAAAAAAGGAGUCUUAUUUCCCAUGAGGUAAUCCACGUGGUAGAAACCAUAUAAAUGCAUGGAGUGUGGAAAGACUUGUUCACUGUGUUGAUCUCAGUAACCACAAAAAGACCCACAUGGGAAAAUGCAUUUAAAUAUAUGGAGUGUGGAAAGACCUUUGCUCGAAGAGUUAAUCUUAUUUGCCAUAAGACGAUCCACUUAAAAGAGAAACCAUAUAAAUGUAUGGAGUGGAAAGACGUUUGGUUUUGAGCAGUA